GUUAUCACCAAUUGAUAAACAGGCGUAAUCAAAUCAGCCAUAACUUACAGCGCCUGCGAACGUACUUAUAAAUAGUCGUAGUCCAAUAGUCAAUCGUUGAGGCAGAACAUUUCAAAUGGCACCCCAAAUACGUGAAAUCUCUGCGGAACUGCAAGCAACUGCUAAGGAGCGCCUUAACGAGGAUCCUGAUCGCAUUGAAGCCGACCUGGAGGCACUGAAGACUUGGAUCGCGCAGCAGCCGCAUCUUAAUCCACGCACAGAUGAUCAGUUCUUGGUCGGUUUUCUGCGCGGCUGCAAGUACAGCCUGGAGAAAACCAAAUCGAAACUGGAUAAGUAUUACACGUUGCGUACCAAAUAUCCAGAACUUUUUAGCGUAACUGAUGUGGACGAUCCCAAGCUGCGAGAGAUUCAUCGAAUGGGACCAAUAGUCUAUCUACCCAACACACUUGACGGAGCCCGGAUAGGCAUGUUUAGAAUAGGUAUUACUCCUACUGAUAAAUACAACAUAGUAGACGUAAUGCGUGUUGGACAAGUUAUGCAGGAGAUUGGACUUUUGGAAGAUGAUAAUGCCAUAAUUAAUGGAGUUGUUUUAAUAAUGGAUAUGAAGUCCGCAACGGCAGCACAUAUGUUCCAAAUGACCCCCGGACUGGCAAAAAAGAUGACAGUAUUCAAUGAGGAGGCGUUUCCUAUGAGGCCGAAGGCUCAGCAUUUUGUGAACACGAUUCCAGGCUUCGAGACCGUGUUCAACAUGAUUAAACCCAUGAUGUCCAAAAAGCAACAGGAAAGACUCUUUGUUCACGGAAAAAUGGAAUCAUUAACGGAACAUGUACCUUUGAAAUAUCUACCCAAGGAGUAUGGUGGUGAGAAUGGCUCCAUUGAGGAAAUUGUGGCGGAGAUGGACAAAAAGUUUGAUCAAUAUAGGGAUUACUUUAAAGCUAAUGCCCAAUUUGGCACCGACGAAAAGCUGCGUCCAGGUAAUCCAAUUGAUUUUGAUAGCCUUUAUGGUACGGAGGGCUCAUUUAGAAAGUUAAAUGUAGAUUAGGAAAUGUUUCUUAUUAAAACGUAAGGGUUGAGAAUUUUAUAAAACAAAUGGUCGUCUAUUUCCUACAAC